AGAAUGACGACGACCGGUCUUGGUUCGCAGAAAACACACAGAGCAAGUCGGAGGCAGAGAGGAAGAACGAUCGAAAGAAACACGCGGAGAAAGAACCGAUCGUCCUCGACCAGAGGCAAGGAUCGUGAUCCAGAUCACUCGAGCCGGUCGUGUCCGUUUCCCUGGUGGUGGCCGAGGUCAGAGAAGCCGACGAUUCCUCGGAGAAAUGCUGGUCGCAUCGGAUUCGACAAGAUCGUCCUCGUCAUCGGUGAAGUCCGCCUCGACCCACCGGGGCAAGGGUCACCAGGUCAUUGCGACUGUCGUCUUGGAAACGCGGCUGCUCGCUGCUGCUGCUCACAGCACGGGAUUCGAUCUGGCGCUAUGUUGAUUAAGCGGAUGACAAGUGGCUGUGCUCGCGCGACUCUCGCUUUACGGGCGGUGUGCACGAUGCUUAAUAGCCAGAGCAAGCGCAGGAAAAGCAAGAAGCAAGAAACGACCGAGGGGAGAGAGAGAGCCGAGCGCGUUCGACGGUGAAAACAGGUGAGUAACGGCCGACAGCCCCCGAGUCUGCGAGCACGUUGUGUGGAAGUCGAUCUCAGGGCCGUCGAGUGUGGCGAACCACGGAU